AUGUUGACCCUACUCUCAGCUAAGAGCUUAGUUGGCUUUAAGCCACUCUCAGGAGUGCGCAGUUUCUCUCAGGGAAUGGCUAAUCUUGAUAAGAUCAAGGUUCGCAACCCUAUUGUUGAGCUGGAUGGUGAUGAAAUGACCAGAAUUAUCUGGAAAAUUAUCAAAGACAAACUGAUCAACCCGUACUUGGAUGUAGAUCUCAAGUACUAUGACUUGAGUAUCCAAUCAAGAGACGCUACUAACGAUCAAAUCACUAUUGAUGCCGCUAAUGCCAUCAAGGAACACGGUGUUGGUGUGAAAUGUGCAACCAUCACCCCUGAUGAGGCUAGAGUAAAGGAGUUCGGACUGAAGAAGAUGUGGGUCUCCCCAAAUGGUACUAUCAGGAACAUUUUGAAUGGUACUGUGUUUAGAGAGCCAAUUGUCAUUGGAGACAGGGUCCCACGAAUUAUUCCUGGAUGGAGUGAACCUAUUAUCAUUGGAAGACAUGCUCAUGGUGAUCAAUAUAAGGCAACUGACUUAGUUGUCAGCGAGCCAGGUAAGCUUGAGUUAACUUUCACUCCUGCCAAUGGUGGUGAAGUCCAAACUUUGAAGGUUUAUGACUAUAAGAGCCCUGGUGUCGGUUUGGCCAUGUAUAACACUGAAGAGUCAAUCAGAGGAUUUGCUCAUUCAUCUUUCAAGAUGGCCUUGACUAAGAAGUUGCCAUUGUAUUUGAGUACCAAGAACACCAUUCUUAAGAAGUAUGAUGGUCGUUUCAAGGACAUUUUCCAGGAGAUAUUUGAGUCCACCUACAAGGAACAAUUUGAGGGUGCUGGCAUUUGGUAUGAACACCGUUUGAUUGACGAUAUGGUUGCCCAAAUGAUUAAAUCCAAAGGUGGAUUUGUGUUGGCAUUGAAGAAUUACGACGGUGAUGUCCAAUCUGACAUUGUUGCACAAGGUUUCGGAUCGCUGGGUUUGAUGACCUCUGUUCUGAUGACUCCUGACGGAAAAGCCUUUGAAAGUGAAGCUGCCCACGGUACUGUUACUAGACAUUACAGACAACACCAACAGGGUAAAGAAACUUCUACUAACUCAAUUGCUUCUAUUUUUGCUUGGAGUAGAGGUCUCGCUCAGAGGGGUCGUCUUGACAACACGCCUGAAGUAGUUGACUUUGCCAACCUACUUGAGAAAGUUGUCAUUGACACUGUGCAGCAAGACGGAAUCAUGACCAAGGAUUUGGCCUUAGCUGCCGGUAAGACUGAUAGAUCUGCUUACGUUACCACCACUGAAUUUCUGGAUGCCGUUGCUUCGAAACUUCAGUCUAAGCUGAACAUUUAG